AUGUCUCUCCUCCGCCUCCGCUCCGCCCUCUCUCUCUCCUCUCCGAUCUACCAGCUCCGCCGCCAAGUCUCAUCUCUCCCCCUCCAGAACCAUACUACUCCUACCUCGUCCGCCACCUUCCCCUUCCCCGUUCCGAGAGACCCUUCCUCACCUCCCUUGAAACUACCAACAGAUAUCAUAUCCAAGUUCGAUUACACCGCCUCCCAUGUUUUCGCCAAAGUUAAGAUCUUGAUCGAUCUGUCUAACCUCGACGCAGCCGCUGAGUACGCGCGUCUCGCUGUUUUGGCCGUUCCCAAAAGCCCUAGCGACACUAGAACCAAAACCGAGACUUACCGUCUUAUCAUCGGCUCAAUGUGCAGAGAGAAACGGUUUGAGGAGGCAUACGAGCUGUUCCAUUACUUUUUCAACGUUAACAAUGUAGAGCCAGACGUCCCUUGCUUCGGUUACGUCGUCUAUGCUCUUAUCAACCAAGGUCGUCUUGACGAGGCUUUUCGAUUUAACCGUUGUUAUUGUCCAGGUUCCGAUACUUUGAUGAACGCGUUGAUUGAUGCUGGAAGAAUCGACGAAGCUUACAGUCUCUUCUUCGGCGGGACUACGUACCCUGUCUUUAUUCGAGGGUUUUUGGCUCAUGGAAACAUCGACAAGGCAAAUAAACUCUUCAAAGAUCUGAAGCAGGUUCAUGAGACUUAUCCGUGUUAUGGGGCUGAGUAUAUCGAGAUGUCGCAAGUGGCAUACAUGGAGCAUUUUUUUAAGCACGGGAAAGACGAGGAAGCCAUGCAAUGGUACCGUUCUACAAUAUCCAAAUACUGUUUGAAGCAAGGCACGGUGGAUAAUAGGAUACCCAAAACUUGGGACAACCGUGCGGACACUGUUAACACAGUCUUGAAAGUGUUGCUCAAGUACGGUAAGAAGACGGAAGCUUGGUCGCUCUUCGACAAGCUGUGUGGUAAUAGCGACAUAGAAAGAAAAGAAGUAGGCAAGUGGACGGAUCAAGAGACUCGUUGUAUAAUGAUCCGAGAGUGUUUCGAAACGGGAGAGAUUAGCAAAGCCGUGGAGAUUGCCCGGACGAAGGAAGCUUGGGAUGGGAAUGAUGAGUGUUACACGACCCUAGUCACGAGAUUUGUGAGAGAGGGGAUGAUGUCUGAGGCAGAUGAGAUGUUCAAUGAAAUGUUCUCCUCCGUUCGCUUUCCGAUGUAUCGUUAUUUAGGGAUACAUCGAGUGAUGGUAGAUGGGUUUGUUAAAGCAGGAAGAUUCGAUGAUGCUCACCGAUUUGUUAACAAGAUUGCCGAUAUUUCUCUGAAUCACGUUUCAAGACGCGUUGACUUCUCAUUAUCUACUGGGCAUGGUUUCUUUAUCUAA